AUGGAAGAAACCUCUCUUGUUUUCCACUGGACCCUUAUCAGAUCUCUCUUGGCUAUCCUUCAAUGGUGGACUUUCAAUGUCACCGUUAUCAUCGUCAACAAGUGGAUCUUCCAGAAAUUGGAUUUCAAGUUUCCCCUAUCAGUAUCCUGUGUCCACUUUAUCUGCUCAGCUAUUGGAGCAUAUGUGGUAAUUAAGGUGCUGAAGCUUAAACCGUUGAUAACUGUUGAACCUGAAGAUCGCUGGAAAAGAAUCUUACCUAUGUCAUUUGUGUUCUGUAUUAACAUAGUGCUGGGUAAUGUGAGUCUACGAUACAUCCCAGUUUCUUUUAUGCAGACAAUAAAGUCAUUCACACCUGCAACAACAGUUGUUUUGCAAUGGCUAGUGUGGAGGAAGUAUUUUGACUGGCGUAUUUGGGCUUCUCUUAUACCCAUUGUUGGAGGGAUUCUUCUCACAUCUGUAACAGAAAUGAGCUUUAAUAUGUUUGGAUUUUGUGCUGCCUUACUUGGCUGUUUGGCUACAUCUACAAAAACCAUCCUUGCAGAAUCUCUUUUGCACGGAUACAAGUUCGACAGUAUAAACACGGUUUAUUACAUGGCACCUUAUGCAACCAUGAUAUUGGUGCUUCCUGCCACGUUACUUGAAGGCAAUGGAGUUCUGGAAUGGCUUAAUACUCAUCCAUAUCCUUGGUCAGCCCUCAUCAUUAUUUUCAGUUCUGGGGUGUUGGCUUUCUGUCUUAACUUCUCCAUUUUUUAUGUGAUCCACUCCACCACUGCUGUAACAUUUAACGUUGCUGGGAAUCUUAAGGUUGCUGUUGCUGUCCUUGUUUCUUGGCUGAUAUUUAGGAACCCGAUUUCAUACUUUAACGCUGUUGGGUGUGCCGUGACUCUUGUGGGUUGUACAUUCUAUGGCUAUGUUAGACAUUUGCUCUCUCAACAGCCACCGGUUCCAGGAACUCCUCGGACACCAAGAACCCCUCGGAGUAAGAUGGAGUUGCUUCCACUUGUAAAUGAUAAAUUAGAAAAUAAGUUCUAA